UCCAGGAUAAUCAAACACGUGGCGACACUCCAUUCAUUUAAACGUAGAUUCUUUCCAUUCGUUGAUCACCAUCUGGCAAUUGUUCGUCAGCACGAAUGUAACGUAUCAAAAGCAUCUGAGAUUCUGUUCUGUGCAAUCGCUCAUGGUUUUUAACUGAAGAAAAAUAUACAGAGGAAGAGAGAGAGGUUUACUGAAACCGCAGCGAUCGGUUAGGGUCGGGGGAGAGAAAGAAGCAUUUGAAAACGAUGUCGUCUCGUCCAUUCGACGACGAUGGCUACAUAGGCUACGACCCUCGCCUCGCUUCGCAGCGAUUCGAGUCGUACUCAAACUUCGAAACCGACUCGGUCAAGGACUCGGUUGCUGAUUCCCCUCCGAUGUUCAACAAUCAAUCAUACGGUACUGGAGAUGACGUGUUCGUAUCUCAACCGACGCCGGAAACACCUUCUCCACCGCCGAUCUACGGUAGUGGUGGCGGAUACUCUGCUUUCUCACCGGAGGAGAACGGGAAGGGAUUCAACGGAGAGUUUGGAGGACUGGAUGAUCCGAUCUUGCCUCCACCUGCAGAUAUGGAGCCAGAGGAAGGCUUUGCUUUGAGAGAGUGGCGCAGACAGAACGCGAUUCAGCUGGAGGAGAAGGAGAAGAAAGAGAAGGAGAUGUUGGAGCAAAUCAUAAAGGAAGCAGACGAGUACAAAGUUGAAUUCUAUAGGAAGAGAAGCACUGCUGUUGAAAACAACAAAGCCUCCAACAGGGAGAAGGAGAAGUUAUUCUUGGCAAGCCGGGAGAAGUUCCAUGCUGAAUCUGAGAAAAACUACUGGAAGGCAAUUGCAGAACUUAUCCCACAUGAGGUGCCAGCUAUAGAGAAGAGGGGGAAGAAAGAUAAAGAGAAGAAACCUUCCAUUGUUGUGAUCCAGGGACCUAAACCUGGGAAGCCAACUGACCUCUCGAGAAUGCGUCAGAUACUUGUCAAGCUAAAGCACAAUCCCCCUCCCCACAUGAAGCCCAAACCGCCACCACCAGCAGAAGCCAAGAAAGAUGCUAAAACCGGUACUCCUGCUCCCCCUGUGGCCCCUGGUGCUGGUCCCAGUGCUGCUCCCCCCAAGACAGCUGCUGCAACUACUCCAAAGACCGUUGCUGCUUCUUGAGAAUGAAGCUGCUGAGUAUUCAUGUGACAAGGGUGCAGAAUUUUCCUGUCCUUGACAUUAGUUUUCAAUCCCGUGGGCUCAACCAGAUGGCCCGCCUUGUUCGUUUCGGAAAGAAUAGCCUCCUACAUUGCGGCCGUCUUCGCUGAGCAGGACAAGCUGGGCGCAGUUACCGCCGCAUGUCGGAGGAAAGGAGUCUGAGGUAAAACAUAGACCGGUAAAUGCCAUCUGUUGGCGGCGCUUUCCAUCCAUAACAUUAUCACAUUUUCCAAUUUAUUAAACGGAGAAGGGAUAUAUGCACAGUUCGGAGCAAGUUCAUGGUUAUUACAGUUGAAUUAGGCAGUUCUUUCUCGACACAGUUAUAUGGGUAAACAUUAAUACGACAUUGUUAAUUAAA